UCUUUCUUUCUUUUUGAAUGUUUUAAAUGUCACUCUCUCUCUCCUUAAAUGUCACUCUCUCUCUCCCGGCGAAAAUUAUAGUUCUCUUUCAAUAUUGCAGAAAUUCGUCCCAUUUUUCACGUAGAUUACUUGGUGCACCUCUGCAAGAGCAUGGGAGGAGCUUCUGGGGUCAAAAAAUCUGCAGCAAAACCUUCAACAUCAACUAAAGGAGGCAUGGAGUUGCAACCCUCGUUUACACCUUCACCUUCACCAUUGGCAAUUGGAACACAAGCUAGGGGAAAUAUCCAGAGAACUAACCAGUGGACUUUUACUCAGGAGGUGUCCUUCAUAGAGUUCAUGUUAGAAGAGAUCAAUAAUAGUCGGGGCGUUCAAGGUGGGUUCCAGAGGGAAGCUUGGGAAAGAAUGACACAGAAGAUGGUAGCCUUGUAUGGUGAUUCAUUUGACCGUGAAAGGCUCAAGAAUAAGCACAAAUUGCUUAGGAAUAUGUACAGAGAUAUAAAAAAACUCACAUCAGUGUCUGGUUUUAAAUGGGAUGGCCUGAGAAGCAUGGUGACAGCUGAGAAGGAAGUUUGGGAUGAUUACUUAAAGGAAAACCCAUGGGCUACCAAGUUUCAAAAUAAGGGCUUGCUGGAUCUGAAUAGCUUGGAUCGCAUUUUUGGGGGAGCUAUUGCAGAUGGGAGGCGUCGUGACACAGUGGGCAAUGCGGUCCCCCUGGACAACACACCAGUGGCUGAUGUGGGCGGUACAUUGACACCAUUAGAAUCUCCCCAAAUUCACCUACUUGAUGGUGAGGCUGAAUCAUCACCAUUGAGCAACACUGGCAGGUCAUCAUCGAGUCGAUCUAAGAGACCCCGACCCAAUACUCCCAUUUCUCGAACCCAAAAAAAGAAGCAAGGCAUUGCUAGUGAACAUGUAGCAGCGGCUAUGAUUGCGAUGGCCGACAGCAUAAGAGAAAUGAUGGCCCUGCUAAGCCCGAAUCCCCAAAUCCAGAUGAAGGAGUGCAUGGAUGCUGUUGAAGAGUUGUUUCAGAAUGGGGAAGUGGACUUAGAUGAUGUCAUGAAGGCUUCUGGGCUCUUUCAAGACAGCUCGAAGGCUCAUAUGUUCUUAGCUUUGAGGCCUAAGUACCGACGGAUGUUUCUUGAGAGAGAAUUGGCACAUUGACUAUGCUUGUUUAUUUUGGGAGAUAGGGUUUUUAGACAAAUUUUAGUGAGCCAUACACUUGAUUAUAUAUAGCAGUAGACUCAUGAGAAUGUGGAUUUUGAUAUCUUAUCAAAAUUUUGUUCAACCACUUUCUUAUAGCUGGAGUGGAAUUGAAGUGGGUUUUUGGGUUUAUAUAAUGCGUGAAUGCGCAUAUCAUUGACAUAUUUCACUUCCUAUAUCUUACUUGUACUCUCACUCUCUACUUGAGGUUAGUGAUUACUAGUGCAAAUGCUUUAUGGGUUCUUCCA